GUAACUUAAAAUAAUUUUAUUAAUAAUUAACCCCUGCACAGCAUUUUAUAAAAAUAGGCCAUAGGUAACACACGCGGAGCUGUGCAUUGUGCAAACUAAACAGUUUAUUCGCUGGAUUAAGGUUCGGGGUUCGGAGGUCUGUCUGCCAGGACCUGGGAGCGAUCUGAACCACGGCCACCGCACCGCUCCACACUCAACAUGUCCGAGUCGGCGAGAGACACGGCAUCGUUCUUCAGUCGCGGAAACUCGGCCCAGUUCGAGCACGUGCUCGCCCUGUACCCGCAGGUGCUGCAGCUGAAGGCCCAGAGCAAGUGCAAACGUCCGGACGAUCUGAUCCAGCUCGACGACUGGUACCAGAACAAGUUGCCACAGUUGAUCCAAAAGCGCGGCAAAGAUCCGCACAUACUGCACGAGGAGUUGGUGAAAACGAUGAAGUGGAAGCAGACGCGCGGAAAGUUCUUCCCGCAGCUGUCGUACCUGAUCAAGGUAAACACCCCGCGUGCGGUGCAGGCCGAGACGAAGAAAGCGUUCCGCAAGUUGCCCAACUUGGAGCAGGCGAUCACGGCCCUGUCGAAUCUGAAGGGCGUUGGGACGACGAUGGCGUCGGCACUGCUGGCGGCUGCUGCCCCAGAAACGGCACCCUUCAUGGCGGACGAGUGUCUGAUGGCCAUCCCGGAAAUCGAGGGUAUCGACUACACGACGCGUGAGUACAUGAACUUCGUGAAACACAUCCGGACGACGACGGAUCGGCUGAACCGGGAGUGUCACCCGGUCGAGCAGGAGGGCGAAGAAGAUACGGCCAACCUCACGACGGACCACCGAUCCGGUACGAAUGCGGGGAGAAAACCAUCGUCGGCGGCAGGAAACGGAACAUCGGUGGACGAUUGCAGCGAUGGCGGGGACGAUAGCAACAACUCCUCGACCGACGGCUCGUCGUCCGGUGCGCUGCGGGCUAAGCACAAACCCGACGCUUCGGGCGCGUCGCUGAAACCGCAUGAAAAGAAAUGGUCCCCUCACCGGGUAGAGCUGGCCCUGUGGACACACUACGUUGCCAGCGAGCUACAGCCGGAACUGCUGGAAAACAUCCCCGAGGAAAGCCCCGGUCCAGUCAAUUCGCUCGAUGGCACCAGCCCGUCAGCGGUAGACAUAACAACCGCCACGACGACGUGUAGUACAAACAGUAGCAACCAUACCACCGCCGAACCGCCGAAAACCCGUCAACCUGCGGACGGUGGACGAAAGACAGCCACCAAUGGUGGUGGUCCAACGUCGGCGGAGAGCGUGCACGACGCCGAUGAGGAACCGUCCGACGAGAGCAACUGUGAAACCGAGCACGACACCAACCGGGGUGGUGGCCUCACCUCUGACGGAUCGUCCAAGUACAACAAAUUCCUCGACAGUCCUGACGGCGACUGUACAAAGUCGGAGGAAGACAGCAGAGAGCAGACCACCGGUGCUGAUGCCAGGACCGGCAACCCCACACAACUGCAGCCUGCCGAGGACAGUGUUUUGUGUUGUGAAAAUCUCGAGAAUAACAAUAAUAGUAGUAACCGAACGGACACAAGAACGGACUCAGCACCCCUGAACGACGAGGACGGAGAACAGGGCAGCUCAGAAGAUGAGCCACCAGCCAGUAAGAAACCCAAGAUUGGUUAG